AUGUUUAUACUAUCGGAGCUUACUGAUCUAAUUAGAAUACCACCACAUACUUUUAACAUACCCAUUCAGCAUGCUUUAACAGAUGAAUUAAAUAAGAAAUAUUCGAACAAAGUAGUGCCGAAAUUAGGCCUAUGUAUUACAAUCUGGGAUUUUCUAGAUAUUAAGGAUGGUUUGUUAAAACCAGGAGAUGGAGGUUCAUAUGUUGAAGUGAAAUUCAGAUUAAUAGUUUUUAAACCUUUUGUAGGAGAAGUUUUAACAGGUUGGGUUACAGAGUGUACCGCUCAAGGUAUAAAAGUAAGACUAGAAUUUUUCGAUGAUAUUUGGAUACCUGAGAAUUAUCUUUUUGAAAACUGUGAAUUUAGAGAAACCGAACAAGCUUGGGUUUGGCAAACCGGUAGUGAUGAUUUAUUCAUUGAUGUAAAUGAAAAAAUUCGUUUUAAAAUUGAAAAAGAAAACUUUUACAAUAUAAAACCCAAAAAUGCCAAUGAAGCAAUGGGAAAUUUUGGUGAAGAGGAAGAUGGGGAUAAAGAAAUUACAAAACUACCAGCUUAUAGUCUUAUUGCAUCUUGUCAAAUUUCUGGUCUAGGUUGUGUGUCAUGGUGGGACUGA